AUCAUCCUAUGAAAAAGUUUUUAAAACCGCAAAAGAAAGAGCAAAGAGAGUGGCAAAUGUAAUUGAAAAUACUCUCGCAAGUCAAUUCACACCCUCAGAAGAUGCAAGUUACGCUUCUCAUUUGGCACGGGACAAUAAUGAACAUACAAAAAUACACCAAAUUGGCAAUUUUGCUAGCAAUGAAAAAGAUCAAACUGUUAAUUCAAUAGAAAUAAGCGCAUUAUAUUGCGCGAUUUUUGUUCUAUAUUUUCUUUACUUGAGAAUUAAUCUCUGGCAGCAACGUAGAAGAACAGCUGUAUUUGUUGGUGACGGUUCAAUUGAGAUAUUUAAAUCAAUGCAGAAUAUUUCUGCAAGUAAUGACGAAAUGUCUAUUCCAAACGGACAAUCAACACAACAGCGUACGAACACUAUAGGUGACAAUCAAGUAGUUGCCACAUCUAAAUCAAAUCAACAUCGCUCAUUUUAUCAAGCGCCCUCUCCGCGUGAUUACGAGUCUCUUAUGAAACUUUGCGAAGCGUGCAAUUUCUAUAUAAUCACAGUACCCGUCGGCGUGCUUCUCCUUUCCAUAUUAGAAAUUAUUGGAAUUUGUUCUUGGACGAAAAGAAGUAGCACAGCAGAUUGGCUGGAUAGUGCUGGCGGCGGCAAGUUUUUCUUGCGGUUGGUUGGCAUUGUCAAAUAUUUUAAAUUUAUGAGGGAACAUUUAAUGCUAUAA